AUGUCCAACCGGAUCAUCUGCAACAUCGACACGCCGGACCCCUGGGUCGUGGCCGCCAACGGACAGUUCUACUUCACCUUCACCCUCGACAACCGCAUCGAGAUCUGGGCCUCCCGCACCCUCGAGGACUUCCACCACUGCCGCAAGGCCGUCGUCUGGAAACCCGAAUCCGGAACCCCCUGGUCCGUCAACAUCUGGGCGCCCGAGCUGCACCGCCUCAACGGCCGCUGGUACAUCUACACCUGCGGCGCGCCCCCCGGCGUCGGCAACCCGGGCCACCGGACCACGGUUCUCCGCUCGUCGUCGCAGGACCCGAUGGACGUCUCGGCCUGGGAGUUCCUGGGGCCCCUGAAGGGCAUGCCGGACCAGUGGUCCAUCGACGCCACCGUCUUCAGCCCGGACGGCCGCGACCUGUACUGCUGCUGGUCCGGCUGGCCCCUCGGCGACUCGUCCGACACGCAGCAGGACCUGUUCCUGAUCAAGCUCCGCGUGCCCGAAGAGGCCAUCCCCUCGACGCUCGUCUGCAUAUCGCGCGCCACGCUGCCGUGGGAGCGGCCGGACGGCGGCCGGCGCGGCGUCAACGAGGGCCCGACGUGGGUCAGCAUCCCCGGCGUCUUCUCGGGCAUCGUGUACUCGGCCGACGGCAGCUGGACGAGCGACUACAAGCUCGGCCUGCUGCCGCUGGUCGGCCGGGACCCCCUCGACCCGGCCUCCUGGGCCAAGAGACCGACGCCGCUGCUCGUCUGCCACCAGCGGUGCGGCGGUCCGUACGGCCCAGGCCACGCGAGCUUCCUGCCGAACCCGCACGACAGGAGCCGCGUGUACUGUAUCUAUCACGCGACGGCCAACUACGGCGAGGGGUGGGCGAACCGGAAGGCGAGGGUCAUCGAUCUUGGCGCCGAGUGUUUUGGACCGCAUGCACACUCGGUCUGCUGCGCGCUUGAUCGACACGUGCCGAAGCAUGGCCACGGUAGGCCGCACAAGUCUUCUUGCAUCAUGUCGUGA